UAAAUGUUCUGCUGGUUCCUGGUAGCUAAAUGUUCUGCUGGUUCCUGGUAGCUAAAGGUUCUGCUGGUUCCCUGGUAGCUAAAUGUUCUGCUGGUUCCCAGGUAGCUAAAGGUUCUGCUGGUUCCCUGGUAGCUAAAUGUUCUGCUGGUUCCUGGUAGCUAAAGGUUCUGCUGGUUCCCUGACGUUCAUCAGUCGGAGGUUUCGGGCCGUUUUUUCCUCACGGCUCUUAUUUCUAACUGGAGGUUUUUAAAAAGCAACUAAAACAUUUUUAUUUUCUUGUGUUUUCAGGCUGAUUUCUGUCGUCCUGCCGUUUGUUAUGAAUAAACGUUACUAAUAAAAUUCUCCAUGCUCACCAGUAACAUCCCAUAAUAACUACUAGCUGCUGCAAAAUCAUAGAGAAAUUGACCAUUUCUCUGUUACCAUGGUGACACCCAAUCCUUUUUAGGACCAGGGUCACCAGCAUAACCGUGUUGCUGCUGCAUGACCUCUGACCUCGGCGGUGGCGUGUGCCAUUGGGAGGCGGUAACCAUGACGACCAGGCUGUGGCAGCGCAGCCGGCUGUUUUUUCCUCUUUUGACAGGAAGUGAGCGACGCGCCGCAUCGCGUGCCACAGCCUCAGCCUCAGCGCCAUCGCAUGAGAAGCUGCGACCGCAGAAACAUGGGGGAGGGGAACCGGCCCGAAAACAUCAGAACCGCUCCGGGGGGAACGCAGUGUUCCAGGUCCGACCCGACCCCAAAACAUCAGAACCUCUGACCGGGCCUCAGCAGAACAAACACAGUGAAGCAAGAAGUUCUGUGAAACCGGGUCAGACGGGCAGCAUGAGGCUGGGCUGCUGGUACCGCUCGGUCCAGGUGAUCCAGAACCUGCUGGGAUUUUCACACUGAACCGCCUCUCAGGUCUCCAGAGAAGGUUCUGACAAAACAGAACCUUCAGUCCGAUGGAGAACUCAGCCUCAGUUGGGAAAACAGACCUUCCAGAACCGGACCAGAACCAGCUGGAGACACAUUUUCUGGUCUGAUGGGUCUGGAUCUCAACUGCAGCAUCCAGAACCUGGUGGAACCAUCAUGAAACCUGUUCUGGUUGGAGGUGGCAGUGUCAUGAUGUGGGCCUCUCAAAACCAACUCAGAACCUCUGCAGACCGGACCACCAGAGGCCACCACUGCCAGAACCACUGAACACGACCAGAACCUCUGAGGGACGGUUCCUGCUGAGAAUCCUGUUCUGACCCGGCAUCAGCAGUGUGUGUGUGUGUGUGUGUGUGUGUGUGUGUGUGUGUGUGUGUGUGUGUGUGUGUGUGUGUGUGUGAGAGAGACAGGAAAUGGAGGUGAAGCAGAGAACAUCAUGUUCAGACCACAGACUCCUCAGUACUACAGCUGAAACAAAAACAAGCCUGGGGGGAGGGAGGGGUUGUCAUGGUAACCUUCAAAAACAGCAGCUGAUUGGCUGGCUGGAACCAGGAACUGCUUAAUUUGGCGCAUUUCAAAGUGUGUGGAACCAAAGUGGAACAAGUUGUUGCUCUCCCUACGAGACCCAACAUGAACUGGUUUCAUGUUCAGAACCAGUUCAACACCAAGACGCUGCAGCGGUCUAGUCAAAGCCCAGAACCUGACUCAUGCUGCGAGAGAAAACUGGAGCAGAAGUCCAACACCUGAGAGGUUCUGGAGCCGAUGGGUCGGGUCACAGAGAGCCCAUCAGAACCUCUCUGAUUGGUGCCAUAGCAAUGCAUAUGGAGAACAGAACCAGAACCAGAACCAUGUCCGGUUCUGGUUCCAAACAUGGAGAAGCAGCGUUCAGCUUCUAUGCUCCACAGAUCUGGAACAAACUUGUAGAAAACCGAAAAACAGCCGAAACCCUGACAGCCUUUAAAUCCAGACCUGAUCAGGUUUUUAUUGCUUUGAUUAUUAAUAACUGGGUUAUUGAUCAACAUGUUGGAUGAAGAGUGAUUGAUUAUUGGCCACUGAUGGAUGGUUCUGCUCGUCAUGGUGACGGUUGGAUGUCUGGCUCCUCCCCCAGGUUGCGUAACGUCUUCCUUUUGUUCGUCACUCUGUGGUUCAACGGACAGAAAGAGGGAAGAGAAGCAAACAGUCAGAACCUGCAGAGCCGAGCAGCGAGCAUGAUUGAUGACCUCAUCACCGUAAACAUGACCUCCAUGGAUGACAUCAUCACAGCAAUAACGCCGGAGGUGACGUCCACCUCCAGCAGCACCGAGGACUACUACGACUACGAGAACGACAACCUCACCGACCUGAUGUGCGACCGGCAGCAGGUGCGCGAGUUCCGGAGCCGCUACGAGCCGCCGUUCUUCUGGAUCAUCACCUUGGUGGGCGGAGCCGGAAAUCUGGCCGUGGUCUGGAUCUACCUGAGCUUCCGGAAGCGGCUGAAGACCAUGACGGACGUGUACCUGCUGAACCUGGCGGUGGCCGACCUCCUGUUCCUGGUCACGCUGCCGCUGUGGGCCACCGAGGCGUCGCACGGCUGGAUCUUCGGCCACGUCAUGUGCAGGAUAAACUCCGCCCUCUACAAGGUCAACCUGUUCAGCAGCAUCCUGCUGCUCACCUGCAUCAGCGUGGACCGCUACGUCGUCAUCGUGCAGACCACCAAGGCCCAGAACUCCCAGCUGGAGCGGCGGCGCUGGAGCCGCGUCGUGUGCGCCGCGGUGUGGCUGCUGGCGCUGCUGCUCGCCACGCCGGAGCUGACCUUCGCCGCGCCCGCCGCCGGCGGAUCCUCGCAGUACUGCAGGAUGGUUUACCCGCCCGACAUGGGCAACCGCACCAAGAUCCUGGUCCUGGCCCUGCAGGUCAGCAUGGGCUUCUUCGUCCCCUUCAUCGUCAUGGGCUUCUGCUACAGCGUCAUCAUCGCCAAGCUGUUGACGACCCGAAACUUCGAGAAGCACAAGGCCAUGCGGGUGAUCCUGGCGGUGGUGGCGGCGUUCAUCGCGUCGCAGCUGCCCUACAACAGCAUGCUGGUGAUGGAGGCCGCGCAGGCGUCCAACAUGACGGUGACGGACUGCGACCAGCUGAAGGCCCUGGACAAGGCCGGCCAGGUGCUGAAGAGUCUGGCCUACAUGCACGCCUGCCUCAACCCCUUCCUCUACGUGUUUGUUGGCGUUCGCUUCCGCCGGGACAUCGCGCGCCUGCUGCGCUGCUGCCUGCCGCGGCCCGGCAAGACUCCGCGGGGGAAAAGCAGGAGUCUGAGCUCCACCCGCGGCUCCGUCAUGUCCGACAGCGACACCUCCCAGGCGCUGUCGCUGUAGGCCGCCGUUCCCUCAGCUUCAUUCACUGCUUCACUUCAGCCGCAACAAGUUCACCCCUAGAACCGCACCGACCCAAACAGAACCGGAACCGCCGCAGACACCUGGACCCGAUCCAGGUGGCUUCACCUGUCCGGACCUGGACUGGUUGGGUUCCUGGACUUCAUGACCUUCCUGCUUUGCCCGGAAGGUGUCGGUUCGGUCCAAACUCCAAGUAGAACCUCCAGAACCUGAACCGGUUCCAGGAAGCUGUGGGGACUCCCUGUCCUUGUGUUGGGGGUUUCAGAGUUUUGGGGGAUUUUCUCAGGAACUUUCUGUGAACAGAACACGUGACGUCUGAGCUGCUGUCUGGUCAUGUGACCAAACCGAGACACUUCCUGUCUUCUGAAUAUGACUUUGUUUUCCUCCUGUGACGUUGAACUGUCCCACCGCCGCUAACAAUGCUAACAAUGCUAACAAUGCUAACAGAACCCGACCGGCCCGGUUCUUUGCUGCUGUAAACGUCCUGCUGGUUUGACUGACUGUACAUAUUUAUGUGUUGAUGAGAAUAAAGUGUUGAAAGUG